CUCUGCGGCUAGCACAUGGCUAUUAUAACUGCAGCAAAUGAUGCAAAACUUUGACAGGCUUUAGAUGUAUAGCCGUUUUUCUUUAGAUAGAGUAGUAGUUUAAGUACUGUUGUCUAGGGGAAAUGGCUGGGGUAGCAGUGGGUGAAAACAGGCUAGUAAUGCCAAAGAUUAGAACUCAUAAAAGGCAGCAGCCAUCCACAGUUCAGCCUAGAGCUUUUCCCUUCUAUGAUAGUGAGAGGAUAUUUGAACUUGCUCAUCCAAAAGAAUCCAAGGCAAUAUGGCAAACAAGUUUUGGGCCACGUGUUCUCUGGGGCACACAAGAUAUGCUAUGGCCAAUAAGUGCAGAUGCACUGAAGACUCAAGCCACUGCCAGAGUUAUACAGCUAGCAAACCCGAAGAAAAAUUUUCAGACAGGAAUAAGAGUGAACAGGCCUCAAUACGAGGUGGGUAGCUGUGGUCGUGCCUCUGUCAUCUGGGAAGUCAGUCCCUUAGCACAGAAAGCAGAACCCUCUGAAAGACUUUGUGUACUGGCUUACCCUAAAAAACCUUUAAAGGAGUAUUUGGAAAAAGAGGAUAGACGUUCAUUUGCCUACAGCUGUGGACGUGUGAGUCCAAUUUGGGAACUGAGUGAAGCUGCAAAACAGUGCGAGGAAAGGCCUCGAACAAGUAAUUUGUCAAGACCCAAGUCGGUUCAUCCUGAUUUCCAAGGAGAACGGGAGAUAGCAACUAUUAUCCCCAAGCCAGCACUAACACAUGCCAAGUGUACUGAAAGACUAGAGUUCCUGGCUAGGCCUAAAAGCCGAAAGGAGGGUCCAUUUAGAGAACCACAGUGGCCGGUUGCCAAGACAGCUAUGUCAUUUAAUGCCUCAAACCGCCAACUGGAACUUGCUAAACCUAAAACAUUGCCUGAAGGCUUUCAACCAAACAGGGAAGACCCACAGUGGAGAAUUUCAAGAGCCUCUAAAAAGGCUAUUGCAGGUGUACGUCUCAAUGAACUCUCAGUUCCAAUCAUCAGAGCAACAAUGGACCAUGUGCAAUUUGAUCCAGAUGCUUUUCUAGUAAAAGAAGCUGCUCUCAAAGCAGUUUGCUCAAGACGCACAGAAGAACUAGCCCAGCCAAUUCAGCGUUAGCUUCAUAUCAUCUCAUUACAUUUGCUCACGUUUCUCAGUUUGAAGCAACACAUCUAUCGAUGGUAGUAAAUACUUAAAAUCGUAAUCAGUUGGAACGACUGUUCUUUUUGUUCAACUGCAGUUGGACAUCAAGAAUUGUGACCUCUUUGUUAAUACGUGUUUGAAAGCAGAUGUACACUUUCAACACAGAAAUUUUCUUUAUUAUGACCAUUCAUCUGUUGUUGUCUAUAAAACUGUGAUAAUUUGCUCAAUUUUGCUCACUUUCAGUUGGUGCUGAAAUAACUGAGAGGAGAACAUCACUUUAUACUUACGCAGAUUUUUUCUUAUUAGUAUGGAUUUGUGAUUUGAAGUGCUUUUUAACUUACUUUUUCAAUACUAACAUUUUAAAAAAUUUACUUGUGGAAUCAAUGCAUUAGAUCUGCUAUUUUGAAUAUCAUUCAUUGAAAUUUGGUGAUUUUUCUGCAGUGCCUCCUUAUUUACAGAUUUUACCUCUUGACCUUAUAGAAGCUGAUCAAAUUUAUUCAACAUUAUGCAGAUAAUUUUCAGACAUGUCUGACAUUGCCAAGUGUGUAAUUUGCUCAACAAUGCUGAUUUCAAAUAAAUUUACAUUUAACAGAU